AUGGAGGAGGUGAUGGAGGAGGUGAUGGAGGAGGUGAUGGAGGAGGUGUUGGAGGAGGUGAUGGAGGAGGUGUUGGAGGAGGUGAUGGAGGAGGUGAUGGAGGAGGUGUUGGAGGAGGUGAUGGAGGAGGUGUUGGAGGAGGUGAUGGAGGAGGUGAUGGAGGAGGUGUUGGAGGAGGUGAUGGAGGAGGUGUUGGAGGAGGUGAUGGAGGAGGUGAUGGAGGAGUCUAACAGCAUCUGCAUUUCAGCCAACACUGCUGUCCCAUGUGAUCACCUUUCGCCUGAGCUUUGA